AUGCAAACGAAACAGGUCCGAGUGGUCCGGCUUGCCCAUGUCGUCUAUCAGCAUCCAGACCUCGACAAAGCGCUGAAGUUUCUGUUCGAUUUCGGCUUCGUGGAAGCACAACGUACUGACAAGCGAGUCUACCUGCGUGGGUACGGCACCCAGCCAUUCGUGUAUGUUGCAGAACAGUCACCGGACGACAAACGGCACUUCAUAGGUGGUUACUGGGUCGUCGACAGCAUCGAGGAGCUGGAAAAGGCUGCAUCCCAUCCGAGCGCUUCUUCCAUCGAGGACUCCGCUGCGCCAGGCGGCGGCAAAGUCGUCACAGUGGAAGAUCCACAUGGCCACAAGGUCGGCUUCGUCCACGGACAGACAUUGAGAGAAAAGGAUGGACCAACACUGCUCGAGAAGACGGAUCCGCUUUUCAACGGCGCCGCCGAGAAGCCCAGAAGAGGCGCCUUCCGCAGAUUCAAGCAAGCCCCGAGCCCGGUCCACAAGCUCGGGCACUAUGGCUUCGUGGUGCCGGCGAGCCACUUCGAGAGCACGAGGUCCUUCUAUACGAGUCUGAUGAAUCUGGAGGCCACAGACGCGGUCUUCAACCCUGCCACUGGCAAAGACCAGACUUGCUUUUUCCAUAUCGAUCUAGGCGCCGAGUAUACGGACCACCAUAGCUUGUUCAUGGCUGCUGGACCCGAUGGCCCACCCGCCCACAUUCACCAUUCCAGCUACGAGGUCAACGACUUUGAUACGCAGACCCUCGGCCACGACUGGCUUCGGGAGAAAGGCUGGACCAACUGCUGGGGUAUUGGACGGCAUGUGCUUGGCAGCCAGAUCUUUGACUAUUGGUUUGACGGGUCGGGAAACAUCGUCGAGCACUACUCGGACGGAGAUGUGGUCAAUCAAGAUACACCUUUUGGCAGGGCACCCGCUGCCCCAGACACACUCCACGUGUGGGGACCAAAUAUUCCACUGGCGUUCAUGACUGGUCGAGUCGAGGACGCUGGUAAAGAUUUGCCCAUGCCGCCAGAUGUGAUGGAGGGCAAGCCGGCGCAACUGCCUGAGCCGGUCGUGGCUGCGUAG